AUGAAAUUCACCCUCUUGACACCCGCCCUCCUCAUCCUGAGCGUCGACCCCCUCUCGGUCGUGGCACAUCCAAAUCCAAACCCACCCACCGUCCUCCGUAAAUGCAUGCCCCUCCUCAGCGACAUCGGCGAAGACGAAGCAUGGUUCAUUGCGAACCUGCAGUGCAAUUAUGCUUGCCAGAAAAAUGGAUUCAAUGGGGGUGGGUGUGAUAGGGCUGCAUAUGAGUGUCACUGUUCUUGA